GCGCGCUUCAUGUUUGUACACACUUGACGAUGCAUGAGCGUAUAGAGUGGUUUUACUAGGAGAGAAUUAUUCUUGACAGUUUAAGUAAGAUUUAAAUAAAUAUUUGUGAUAUUUACUACCAGCUAUUAAAAGCAACUGCUUUGAUUUAUUGUGUAAUAAGUGUAAAUCUAGUUUGCAAAGUCCCCAAGUGCGCUCUUUGUAAACAUGCUGCUGCACAGGAAGAUUUGAGUGGGACAUUUAGAAAAGUGUGCAGUGAUGCUGCAGGAUCCAGCAGGUGUUUUUUGUAGUGUUGGUGUGAUAGAAGAGCUGUAGUACUGAAGCCAACAACAGCAUGAUGCAUUAAAGGAAAGCUAAUGUCUCACCUUGUCUAACAUGGAGUCAAAUGAGUUACUUGCGAAGAGGGACAAAAUCCAGAGGGAGAUUUUGGCUCUUGAGAGUACUCUGGGUGCAGACAGCAGCAUCGUAGACCUACUGUCAUCUGACAGCGACAGUGGAGAUGAUGAUUCUGAUGACAGUGGACCAGAGGUUGAAGGAGUGGAUCGUGAUGACUUGGAGGCAGAGCGCCUGCGAAUACAAAGGGAGAUUGAAGAGUUAGAGAAUACACUUGGUGCUAAUGCAGCACUAGCUGAUGUAUUGAAUGAAAGUGAACGUGACACUGAUUCUAGUGAUGAAGACAGUGAUGAUGCUGAGUUGGAGCUUCCUCAAAAUGUGGAGACUUGCCUGCAAAUGAAUUUGGUUUAUCAAGAGGUGUUGAAAGAGAAACUAGCUGAGCUGGAACGACUCCUCAAUGAGAAUCAACAACAGCAGAAAGAGAUUGAGGUCCAGCUUUCUGGCCCAAGCGCUUCUAGCUCCACUGUACCAGGAGUUCCACCUCAGAAACAAUUUCUUGGAUACUUCAUGAAGCCUUACUUCAAAGACAAACUCACUGGUCUGGGACCUCCAGCAAAUGAAGAAACGAAAGCGAGACUAAGUCAUGGUACCAGACCCGCUGAUGAGCUGAAAAUAAAAAGAUGGGACGGUUGGCAGAAAACCUUGCUGACCAAUGCAGUCGCCAAAGACACUAUGAAACGGAUGCUACAACGCAAACUAUCCAAGAUGGACUAUCUGAGUGGCAAGAUGUCUAGAGCUGAUGAUGAGGGAAAAGAGGAACUGAAAAAACAAAUAGAUUCAAUUGAGAAAGAAAUCACAGAAAUCAGUGCCCUGAAAGAUGAUCAGCUGCUGGGUAAUCGCCAUGACGAUCAUGACUGGCAGAAAAUAUCAAAUAUUGAUUUUGAAGGUUUGCGACAGGCUGAGGAUUUGAAAAGGUUUUGGCAAAACUACUUGCACCCCUCCAUUAACAAGUCAGUAUGGAAACAGGAUGAGAUUGAUAAACUGAAAGGAAUUGUAGAAGAGUACAAUUGCUGCCAUUGGGACAAAAUCGCAGAGGCUCUUGGGACAAACAGAACAGCUUUCAUGUGCUUCCAGACUUACCAACGCUACAUUUCAAAGACCUUCAGAAGGAAAGAGUGGACAAAAGAGGAAGAUGAGAUCCUCCGAAAACUUGUUGAAAAAAUGAGAAUCGGCAACUUCAUUCCCUACAUACAGAUGUCGUACUUCAUGGAGGGCCGAGAUGGAUCACAGCUGUCAUAUCGCUGGACGUCGGUGUUGGAUCCCUCUUUAAAGAAAGGCCCAUGGUCCAAAGAGGAGGACCAGUUGUUGCGGAAUGCUGUCGCAAAAUAUGGCACCAAGGAAUGGGGAAAAAUCAGAUUGGAAGUGCCAGGCAGAACUGACGGUGCUUGUCGUGACAGGUAUUUGGAUUGUCUUCAGGAGAAUGUGAAAAAGGGGCCUUGGAGCAAAGAGGAGGUGGAACUACUAAAAGAAAAGGUUGAGAAAUAUGGAGUUGGCAAGUGGGCUAAGAUUGCCUCAGAGAUCCCAAACCGGAUUGACUGCCAGUGCCUAAAUAAGUGGAAGUUACUAACACAAGCUAGUAAGCGUGAAGAGAGUGAGCGUCAAGGUAUUAAAAGACAAAGGAAUCCAGCAACAGCGCCACGAAAAAGAAAAAGACAAAAAGUAUUGAAAAAAACUAUUAAAAAGGAGAUAAUCACCUCUAGCUCAGAGGACGAAAAAAAGAUAAAGUAUAUGGACAGUGAUGCUGAAUCAGAUGUUUUCUCAGUCAAAGAUGAGGAAAUGCCACAGAAUCUGGAAAUACCACGAAAGGACUACAUACAGCCAGAUAUGAAGGAUUGGAUACCUGUAAAUGCAAACACAGUGCUUCCUUCUCUAGGAACUGUCAGGACUGUGUGGGUCCGUGCACCCACCAAUGAGGAUGAGCUAGAGGCAUCCACUACACAAUCCGGCUUUGGCCGCGUUCGAUCAGAGAACAGCAAGUGUUCAAAAGUCAGGCUCGGUUUGGUGCGAAAUACAGUCCUGAACCGCUUAGGAAACAUGGAAAGAACUUAUGUAGGUUUGAAACCUGAUGCCUUGCAGAGUCAGACUGACGAUGAGAAGGCCAUGCUCAAGGUGUCUAUGAGUGAUAUUAAACUCUUCCUACAGUGGAAGGGAGCAUCUGGAAUUAAGAAGAAAAUGGCAAGUCCAAAAAAAUAUAAAGAGAAGAAGGUCGGUUCAGGACAUGCCAGCCUUAAUAAUGACCUCCUUAAAGCCAUCACCCCAUGGAUUGGUAAUGUGAUCAUGCCUGUUCCAGCGAGCGAAAAUACAUUUUGUGAAGGUGAUGUUGUUGGAAUGAAAGCAGCAGACAUCACUCUUCCAAAAACAUCAGUGUUUUCAUUUUUCCUCAAAGCUUUUCAAAUAGACAUCAAGGGCUGCAGGAAUGUCAUUGAAAUUCAGCAGAAGAUCGGCAUUAAGAUGCCAAUUGCUCAAUCUAAACCGAGAACAGUGUCAGCGAUUCUUAAGGAGGCAAAAGAGAAAGCCGAGUACAAGAAACCUGCAGAACCCUCUCAACAUCCACCUCCCCUCCGGCCGGUCCUUCUUAACCCUCCCCAGCUGCCACUCAGGCAGAUGACAAUCCCUGCUUUGAUUCAACCCAAAUCUCUUGUCAUUACACAGCCAAACAAGCAGAGGGCACUGCAGCCUUUACUGCCUAAGGAACAGAAAAUAUCUCUACUACCACAGUCACCAACACAGAUUCCUCUAACUCUAAUACAGCAGACAGCCUCUGCACAACCAGUCAUGGCCUCAAUGCCCAAAUCACCAAGUGUAGAGGACUCAAACAGUGUCAGAGCUACAAAACGCAUCCGCAAGCCUACUGAGAAAGUCCAAGCUCUAAUGGAAGAAGCUAAAGCUAAAGGUGGUAAAAAAGAGUCUCCGAAACAAAACCAAGGCAAACAGAAUGUCAUUUUCCCCAACAUUACAUUGCAGACACAACCAGUAAACUGGAUUCUAACACCCACCAAUUUGGUACAACUAACUGGUCCACUUUCUGCUAAUAUCCCAAGCAACCAGACACUAAUUGUGCCAAACAGUUCCUCCCAGAAUAACAGUGUUCUUCCAUGUAUCUCAACCAGUCUCUACCCAUCAUCAUCUACACUGCUUGUUUCUGCGUCCUAUGUCAAUCCUGCCCCUAUAGGUUCUUCAGUCUCAAAUGCCUUCAGAGAUACCCCAAAGACUUCCUUCUCUGUGAACAUGAGCCCCAAAGGCAUCCAGGUGCCUCUUUCACCUACUUCUACUUCAGUACAGAACAAAAGUGUGCUACAUAGUGUUCAGAUGUUGUCUCCAACACCUAUCCAAGUGAGCCAGAACGGUUCACACACUGAAGCUAUGAAGAACUCCUCAGACUCUUCUUCUGAUGAAUCCAUUAUAAGGCAAUAUCAGACGUCUACAUCAGCUGGUUCCAGUGUAUCUCCUGCAGUUUACAGUGUUCUUCCGGUUCCCUUGACUGUGGUACCUUCGACUAGUGCACGAGUCGUAUCCAAGCCAACAAAUGAGGUUGCAGUGGCAAAGUCUCCUGGUGUUACUGAAAAUGGCUGCAUUUCUGCAAGAACUACUCAACUGCCAACCAUCGUCCAUCAGAAAAGUUUACCCAUCACAAUGUUGAGCCCCCCUUCUGUUUCUAGAAGACCACUCCAACCUAUUGCAUCUUCACCUCAGAUUAUGGCUCCAUCACCUCAGAUUGUGGCUCUGCCACCUCAGAUUAUGGCUCUGCCACCUCAGAUUUUGGCUCCAUCACCUCGUAUUGUGGCUCCAUCACCUCAGAUUGUCUCUCCACCACCUCAGACUGUGGCUCCAUCACCUCAGACUGUGGCUCCAUCACCUCAGACUGUGGCUCCAUCACCUCAGAUUUUGGCUCCAUCACCUCAGAUUUUGGCUCCAUCACCUCAGACUGUGGCUCCAUCACCUCAGACUGUGGCUCCAUCACCUCAGACUGUGGCUCCAUCACCUCAGACUGUGGCUACAUCACAUCAGAUUUUGGCUCCAUCACCUCAGAUUGUGGCUCCAUCACCUCAGACUGUGGCUCCAUUACAUCAGAUUUUGGCUCCAUCACCUCAGACUGUGGCUCCAUCACCUCAGAUUUUGGCUCCAUCACCUCAACUUUUGGCUCCGUCACCUCAGAUUUUGGCUCCGUCACCUCAGAAUGUGGCUCCAUCACCUCAGACUGUGGCUCUGUCACCUCAGACUGUGGCUCUAUCACCUCAGACUGUUGCUCCAUCACCUCAGAUUGUUGCUCCAUCACCUCAGACUGUUGGUCCAUCACAUCAGAUUUUGGCUCCGUCAGCUCAGAUUUUGGCUCCGUCACCUCAGAUUUUGGCUCCGUCACCUCAGAAUGUGGCUCCGUCACCUCAGACUGUGGCUCCAUCACAUCAGAUUUUGGCUCCAUCACCUCAGAUUGUUACUCCAUCACCUCAGACUGUGGCUCCAUCACAUCAGAUUGUGGCUCCAUUACCUCAAAUUGUGGCUUCACCACUUCGGAUUGUUGCUCCAUCACCUCGGACUUUGGCUCCAUCACCUCGGAUUGUGUCUCCACCACCUCAGAUUGUGAUGGAUUCAUCAGAAGUACCCCAAACAAGAACAUCAGGUGAACCGUCGAUGCCUCUUCCUGAUAUUCCCUCUGAUGUUGUUAACUUCAAUCCUCACUUGAUAUUCCCUGAGCAGUCAUCUGAAGUAGAUGACUGGAUGAAUGGUAAAGGUGGAAUCCCGCUGCCUCAUUUAGAGAUGUCUUUGCCUUACCUUCCGCCAUCUGCCGCCAGUAUCAAAACACUGACUUCUUUGCUCAAAGUUAAACAAUCUCUGCUUACAGCUGCAGUGAAUAACCUGCCAGUUGAGUAUCAAAACUAUAGAGAGGAAGAAGCUCAAGUAGCUGCCAUCCGCAAAAUGGUUGCCGAAAGGUUUGCCUCAAAUCCAGCGUACCAGCUUAUGAAGGCUCGUUUCUUGUCGUGCUUUACAUUACCAGCACUUUUGGCCACUAUAAACCCUACUAAGGAAUGUCAGUUGCCCACAGAUAACUGCGGUGAUGAAGAUGAGCUCUUGUUUUCACAAAAGAGAAACACAAGGAGUUGCCCGACAGCUGCAAGGACUGUGCUUAGCACAAAUGAACACGAAGCAUCAGCAAAACAGUUCUCAGGAAUCGGCACAAAAAGGCAAAGGAGUCGACGUUGAGUUGCAUAAAAUUCAUCAGCUGAAUUAGUGCCAGUAGCUUCCGAUUUUCUACAGUUGAAAAUUAACAUAGAAA